AUGGGUUGUUACAGAGUAGUUCAGGUAGUGGCCAUAGUCUCCUUCAUGCUUUUGCUUCCAAAAACUCAUGCCUGGGGAGAGGAUGGACAUGCCAUUGUUUGUAAGAUAGCUCAGGGUCGGCUGAACAGUGCAGCUGCAGCAGCUGUGAAGAAACUGUUGCCAAAAUCUGCGAACAAUGACCUGGCCAGCAAGUGUUCUUGGGCUGAUAGUUUGAAGGUGGUCUUUCCUUGGUCUUCUGCUUUGCACUAUGCAGAUACUCCUGACAACGCUUGCAACUACAAGCAAACCAGGGAUUGUGUUGAUUUGAAAACUGGAAUCAAAGGGCGAUGUGUUGUAUCAGCGAUUACCAAUUACACCAACCAGCUCCUCGAAUAUGGCAGUGAGCCCAAAUCAAAAUAUAAUCUCACUCAAUCUCUUCUAUUCAUUUCACAUUUUAUGGGAGACAUCCAUCAGCCUCUACAUUGUGGGUUUGCAUCGGACAAGGGUGGCAAUGACAUCAGUGUUCACUGGUACAAAAGAAAGCAAAAUCUUCACCAUAUUUGGGAUGCUAGCAUAAUUGAAACAGAAGUUGAAAGAUUCUACGACGACAUCGACGACUUCGUUGAUGCAAUUCAACAAAACAUUACGAAAACAUGGGCUGAUGAAGUAGAAGAAUGGGAGAACUGCAGUAACGAUGACAUAUCAUGCCCAGCUAUAUAUGCAUCUGAAAGUGCCGCAGAUGCGUGUAAAUGGGCGUAUAAAGAUGCCAGUGAAGGUUCAGUACUAGAAGAUGAAUACUUCUUUUCUCGUUUUCCGAUAGUGAAUUUGAGAUUAGCUCAAGGAGGAGUUCGAUUGGCUGCAACUCUUAAUCGUAUUUUUGAGACACAGUCUGCAAUGUCAAUGCAAUUUAUUUGA